UCGUUCUUUCUGUGGAUUUAGGAUUACUUUGGAGAAUGUUCCGAAACUGCCAUUAAAGACAAUGUUGUUAUUGUGUACGAGCUUCUUGAAGAAAUGCUGGACAAUGGUUUUCCCCUGGCAACGGAAUCCAAUAUACUGAAGGAGCUCAUUAAACCGCCCACCAUCCUGCGCUCGGUGGUCAAUUCCAUCACAGGUAGCAGCAACGUGGGAGACACUCUUCCAACCGGCCAGCUGUCUAACAUUCCCUGGAGAAGAGCAGGAGUGAAGUACACAAAUAACGAGGCCUACUUCGACGUGAUUGAAGAAAUUGAUGCCAUCAUAGACAAAUCCGGCUCCACGGUCUUUGCAGAAAUCCAAGGUGUCAUCAAUGCUUGCGUCAAGCUCUCAGGGAUGCCAGAUCUGUCACUUUCUUUCAUGAACCCAAGACUCCUGGAUGAUGUUAGCUUCCACCCUUGCAUUCGAUUCAAGCGCUGGGAAUCUGAACGGGUCCUUUCCUUCAUUCCUCCCGAUGGAAACUUUAGACUGAUUUCCUACAAAGUCAGCUCGCAAAACUUGGUGGCCAUUCCUGUGUAUGUGAAACAUACAAUUACUUUCAAAGAGAAUUCCUCUUCUGGAAAAUUUGACGUUACCCUUGGGCCUAAACAGAACAUGGGGAAGACUGUUGAAGGCAUCAUCGUGACCGUUCAUAUGCCCAAAGCGGUACUUAAUAUGAGCCUGGCGCCCACGCAAGGCAGUUACACGUUUGAUCCCGUCACUAAGGUGUUAACAUGGGAUGUUGGCAAAAUCAUCCCUCAGAAGCUGCCUACUCUGAAAGGGAUGGUGAAUUUACAGUCUGGAGCUCCAAAGCCAGAGGAAAACCCAAGUUUGAAUAUUCAAUUCAAGAUCCAACAAUUGGCUAUUUCUGGAUUGAAAGUAAACCGCCUUGACAUGUAUGGAGAAAAAUACAAGCCUUUUAAAGGUGUGAAGUACAUCACAAAGGCAGGGAAGUUCCAAGUACGCACAUGAAGCUGAAAAACUCUGCCUUCUCUGGCAGAUAGUUGUGUGUAUGUAUGUGUGUGUGUGUGUGUGUCGGCCUCGGAGAAAAAUGAGCAUUAGUUACUUAAAUUCCUCUUAAAAUGCCAAAUUCAGCCAUUCCUCUGAAUAUAUAUCCAUUCCACACAGUCCUGAUUUCCACGUGUAGUAAUAGUUUUUAAGUUGGUCUCUUUUUUUUUUUUUUUCUCCUACGUGGCUUUCCAAGAGAAAUGCUCCGUUAAGUAGGGUUGGUUGUUCUGGUGGACUUUGUGGAUUCCGGCUUGACCACCUGGGCUGUCCUUUGAACCAGCUAUUCCUGAAACACUGCCACGCAAACCAUCAAAGCACAAGAAGGAAGAACCUGGCUUGGACAGAGAGGAAGCCCAAUCUGAAGCGGAGAAAGAAAUGGCAUUGAUGGCAAGCCGUUUCUGGAAAAGAGGCCUCUUGAGAAAGCCCGACCUUACCCUAAACCCUCUUUUGCAAAAGACUUUUUACUGGAACAAAACAAAAACAAAAUGCCUUUUUUUUCUGCAGGAUUUACACCACCCUGCCUUUCUAGUCAGAACUGCCUUAUUAUCAUCUCGAGAAUUCAGCAGACAAUCUGUAGCCAAAAUUAAGAUUUCCCCCCCUCCCCUCAACCAUUUGCUUUGAAAAAAUGAAUGAAUGGGAUACGGAGCCUGAUUUCUUCCAAUUACCUCUGCAUUACAGAUGUCAAAACUUCGCCUCUUUGAUUGUUUGUGCCCUUCACACCUCCCCAGGUAGCGCCUCUGAGGUGGUGCUGCUUGUUUCUGAUGAAAUAAAAGGGAACACAGCUGUACCAACGUCCCUUGGGCAACUUAAUUCUCAGACUCUGCCAAGUGGCCCGAGAGAGAGAGAGAGAGAGGUGGGAUUUCUGCAUUCGUUUUAAAAUGUUGAUGAUCGUAACAUCAUUACCUCCCUUUUCAGAUCAGUUGCAGGGAAGAAUCUGGGUGAAAUAUAACCCAAGCGAUGAAGGGAAGGGCAGCGCUCGUUGCAAAACCAAAUUAUUUGUUUAUUUU